GAACAAGCCUAUUCCGAAUUUGCUUUCAGAACCCAACAACGUACUUUUACCUCCUUUGGUUAUGCUGCAGAUCCUUCUCUUGUCAAUACUAGCUCUGGUGGUGCUGUCAAUACAGGUUUUGUUGGUGAUGUUGAGAAAGCCAUGGCUAUGAAUGGUGCUACAAUAUAUGAUGCAACUCCUAAAUCGGAAAAUGCGCCUAAAAGAAAGCCCAAAGGUGAUUCUGCAAUAUUAGAAGGUGAAGAUUCUUAUCAAGGUCCUUGGGCUGGCUAUGAGGGCGAAAAUAUUGGCACUGCUGUUGGUCCUCCAGAGGGUGCAAUUCCUAAAAAGGCUGAUGCCGAUGUUAGUUCUAAAAAACAAAUUGAAGUGGGUCAAGAAAAGACAACAUUUCAUGGGAAAUCCGAAUUCGAUUAUCAAGGUAGAACUUAUAUGCACGUACCACUGGACUUGGAUGUAAAUCUAUUAGGGGAACCUGGUUCACAAGAAUGUUUUAUUCCAAAACGUUGUAUUCAUACAUGGUCUGGUCAUACUAAGGGUGUUUCAGCAAUCAGGUUUUUCCCAAAAUCUGCUCAUUUAAUAUUAUCAGCUAGUAUGGAUACAAAAGUAAAGAUCUGGGAUGUUUAUAAUGAUCGUAGAUGUUUGAGAACUUAUAUGGGCCAUAAUAAAGCUGUGCGUGAUAUUACAUUUAGUAACGAUGGAAAACGAUUCUUGACAGCUAGUUAUGAUAAAUAUAUCAAAUUGUGGGAUACAGAAACCGGGCAAUGCAUUAAAUCAUUCACAACGGGAAAGAUUGCAUAUGUUGUAAAAUUUAAUCCUGACGAGGAUAAACAACAUGUAUUUUUGGCUGGAUGUUCAGAUAAAAAAAUCGUACAGUUUGAUAUCAAUACUGGUGAAGUCACGCAAGAAUACGAUCAACAUUUAGGUGCUGUGAACACUAUCACAUUUGUAGAUGAGAAUAGACGAUUUGUUACAACCUCAGAUGACAAGACGUUAAGAGCAUGGGAGUUUGAUAUUCCAGUAGUUAUCAAAUAUAUUGCUGAACCACAUAUGCACAGCAUGCCCGCUGUAACUUUACAUCCAAAUAAAAAAUGGCUAGCUUGUCAAUCAUUGGAUAAUCAAAUUGUUGUAUAUGGGGCUAAAGAUCGGUUCCGUAUGCAUCGCAAGAAGCGAUUUACCGGACAUUUAGUUGCUGGCUAUGCUUGUCAGGUCAAUUUUUCACCAGAUGGAAGGUUUAUCAUGUCUGGUGAUUCUGAAGGUAACAUUUGGUAUUGG